AUGAUAGACAAGAUUAGAUUCUCAAUAUUUGAGAAACUAAAUCCUGAUUACUUAGGUUACUUAGAAGAACCUAAUGGCAAUGAUGAUGAAGAUCACGAAGAUUGUCUAAUUUAUGAUACCUUAAUUGGCAAUGUCACCAAAGAUGAUAUAUUUGUCAAACCACCAGAAGAAAUCACAUCCUAUUCCAAAUUAAAAUCAAAUGAACUUAGUUUUGAGGAUACUACUGGUCUUAAGGUUCUACCACUUCAUAUUGAUCAGACACAGAAUACCAAAAAGAAACGUGAAAAGAAAAGAAGUCAUGCGAUGGAUCAUACAGAGAAACUUAUUGGUUCAGAUUUGGUGACUGGGUUUGAUGAUUAUAAACAUCCUGAGUUACCUGAUAUAUAUCUGAUGGAUGAUUUGUAUAAAUCGGUAGAACAUCUCGUAUUGACAAAGGGAUAUACACUUAAAGAUUUCAAAAUCUUAACGUUACGAAGACAUUUGCAAAAAUUGAUGAAUGUUCCAAUCAACAAACAACCAAUUCAAUUCAAUGUGAUUUUCUGGAAGGGACUCAUAUUUUUCUCAUAUGAUUGGGAACCGGAAGCAAAGAAAGAAUUGGCUACUCCUCCAACCAAGAUCGAGAGGUUGUUGCAAUAUUCAGGAAUGAAAUUUGAAAGAGUAUUAUGUGAUGAUAAUGACCCAGAUUAUAGAUAUUAUACAGUAGCUAAGCAUUAUGUGAAUGACAUACCGUUGAUCUAUAGUGCUGAGAUUGAUUGUGCUAUAGACAAAGAUGGAGGUCCAACAAAGUAUGUUGAACUCAAGACCCAUCCAAAACAAGCUGACGAUAAGAUAAAAACAAUGAAUAGGUUAAAUAAGAAACUACUAUCUACAUAUUGUCAAAAUAGAUUUAUACAUUGUCAACAUCUUAUACUUGGUUUUCGAACAUUGGAUUUCAAAUUGGCAUCACUUAAGAUUUAUAGAACUAGUGAUAUUGCCAAUGUAAUUAAUAAUGAUCCAAUAUUCUUGAAACAUGGAUGCUUGAUCACUACCAAAAAGAUCUUUAGAUGGUAUAAAAUUGUCAUCUCUUGGAUAGCAGCUCAUGAAAAGAAACUUGACAAUCUUGAAGAUGAGCCACAAGUAUUUAAAUUAAAUUUUGACAGGGAAGAAGAACUUAUGGAUGCCCAUCUAAAUCUUCAAAAGAUCCAAGAUAAAACGGAAUCUGAUCGAAUAUUCAACUUGAUGAUACCUGAGUGGUUUCAAUCCUUUGUAAAAAAUCAAUCUUAA